AUGGGCGUCCGUGUCGCUACCAAAGAAGACAUUCCUGUCUUGAAGGAGAUCAUCCUCAAGGGAUUGUCAGAAGAUUCCGUCUUCAAAUACUGUUUCCCCUCUACACGCUCAGAAACGGCAACAAAUCACGUCGAAACCGUCCUCAGAAGAGUCAUCGACGCAGAGAACCAGAACUGGCUCUGCUUCGUGGUUGAUGCCCCCAAGACUCACGACCCUGUCGCCUUGGCCAUCUGCCAAACUCUUCACCAGAAUGCCGAUGGGCAAAAGGGUGUUGCCGAGCAGGCUGAGCAAGUCUUUGGCUUAGAUGCAGAUGACAACCAGACCAAGACGAUAAAGAGACUCAAUGCUCUUCAGCUAGGUAUCACGGAAACUCAGCAAACUUACCUUGCUCGCCAUGAACACAUCAUCUUCCUCCAUGCCGUCAUCACGCACCCACACUGGAUUCGCCAAGGCUUUGCCAAGACGCUCUCCAAGCAAACCCUGCAGGUCGCCCGCCAAAAGAGCGCUGUAGUCGUUGCCCUGGCCAGCCCCUUCAGCGGCUACGUCUUCUACUCGGGCACCGCCUUCUCCAACUGCGGCCGCAAGAAGGUCGAGACCGACAACGACAUUGAGAACCUUGAGCUCCAGAUCAUGGUUUGCCAGCCUCCCAAGCCUCUCGAGCAGCGACGCAGCUCCAUUAUGGAUUAUCUUGGCGGCGGUGUCAAGAAGAUGUCGCCCGCUGGUAGUCGACGCGAGUCGUAUGACCAAGAUGCUGCUGGUGCGCAGCAGGAGAGGCGGAGCUCGUUCCUUGACAUGUUUGGAUUUGGGCCCAAGACUCCCAACGGCGUUGACGAAGAUACCCGCAGGAAGUCUCACGCUUAG